AGCAACCAACAGGGCUGCCAUUAUGAGGAGGAAUCUGCAUUCAGCUGCUGUGACAGGGUGAAAAUCCGAAUGCCUGAACUUAAUUCUUUCACUGGAAAACUUCUUCCUUCUGGCCAUGACUGUACCAUUUAUCAUAUUCAUGGCAGGACUAGUGUUUCAAGUCUGUACUGAAACACCACAGUCGUUGAUUCCAUUAAAUACACUCUCUGAAUGUUGUGCAGAUAUCUCAGAUGAGUCUGGCCUUUGUCCACAACGCAGUUCUUGUCAUUCAGGGUGUUACAGGCACUGGUUUAAGAAUGGAAGUACCACCUGCAUUAGGUGCCCUAAUGAAACAUUAAUCAAUUCCUUGAAUAAUCGGACUGAAUGCAUUAUAUCAUAUUUCAGCAGUGAAGAGAAGGUGGAAAAUGGCACCACAGUGGGCCCAACCAUCCUUAAAAUUGGAGGGCCAGGAAUAGCUGCCUCAUUAUGCCUUGGAACACUAUUUAUCAGUUCAUUCUUCAUUCUUUCUGUUGCUGCAUUUUUCUACCUCAAGCGAUCCAACAAACUCCCACAUUUGUUUUACCAGCAAAACAAAGCUUCUAUACUGCAGCCAAAUGAAAUGGCAGAAAUUAUGAGGAGCCCCAUGAGAUCAGUGCGAAAGCAAAGAUAUUCAAGAAGAGAAAGACUGUCUGCUUCUACAGCUUCCUUUGCAUCUACUGCCAUAAGUAAUGUUUGAUCUUGCACUGUCUACCAUUUAUGUUCGAAAAACGGUAUUAUUUUGAUUUGUUCAUCGUAUAGAUUCGCUGCACUGAUGGACACUAUAUCGUUCCGCCAUACUGCAGAAGAUUGCAAGGACCACUUGCCAGAAUUCUUGGUUUAGUGAAACACCACUGAAGAUGUAACUUACAGCAUACCUAUCAUGUGGGCAUUUGGAAGUACAAACAUGAUUUGUCCCCAGUCUGGGAAUGUUCUGUUGGGCUGUUCUCCAUCUUCUGGUUUUACUUCAGAGAUGAAGUGCUCCCAAGUCAAAGGUUGAUGUGGAACCAGGAAAGCGCAUAUCACCCACAGGGAUCUACACUAUCCACCUGUUUGCAGAUAGACUGAUAGGCUAGUCUAGCCUGAUCUAAUUUCUAAUAUUCCCCUGAUUUCUUUGCAAUGCUUCAGUCUUCAAUUCCUCCCAAAAUUAAAGUCUGAAUAUCCUGGAUGCUGUCCAUCCAUAGAAGUGCUGGUGGUUUCUAGUCAAAAUUCUAUCAGCACUGGCAGCUCCAGUUUUCUUUCUUUAGCUGUUAAACUUGAGUUGUAACUGGUUAUGUUUCUGGCUGGAUUUAUGAUUGCUGGUUACCCCUUCACAUAAUGUCCAUGUGCACUUUCUUCUCAUUGUGCCAAAUGCAGAAUAUACCAUUUGAGCUUUCCUAACUCCACAGACCAAGACACUCUAACAUGUAUCAUUUUAGUUUCAUAUUGAGUUAUGUCCCUGAAGGUAACUGGUGAUAGUUGGUUUUUUUUUUAAGCUAAUAUUACCUCGUUCUCAGCUUGGUUCUUUUUAAUUACCUCAAAUCAGACAUUCCUGCUUUUGACUGGGUAACAUUUUAGUAUUUCCUUUAAUGGAUAACCUGUCAGAGAUACUUGAUAUGAGUGUAGCAGUUUUGGUUUUUUGUUUUUCAAAAUUCAAAAGCCUAGAACAAGCAUGUUUCUUCCAUUCUGCUACCUCAUUUGUGCAUUGUUACUGAGCUUUAGUGUGGCUAUUAAAAUUGUCAUGCUUCUAAUCUGGCCUUCGUUAAGCUUUCCUUAGUCCACGUGUCUGCUUUUCCAAUCAUUACUUAUUCCUCCUACCCCUUGGCAUUUUUACCCUCCAUUUCUCUUUUGGCAGGACAAGGCAGUCAGCUCUUUGAAUUUGCUUCUAAUAGCUUCACGUGAUCAACCCACCCAAUCAUGCAUACUGUAAUAUUGCAAUUUAAAAUUCUCUAGGCUCACUAGAAAAACAUGACCUGUCAUACCAUGCUGUCGACAUCAACUUCCUUCAAACAUGAAAAUGAGUUGCAGAGAUAUAUACAGAUGUCUUUACAAUACUGAUGAAGUUUCUGCAUAGCCUCAGAUUGUGUGCAAAGUUCAAUCAUCCUGGAUUACAGGAAUUUCUCUUGAAGGAGAUGGAUGCUUUCUAUAACACUUCAAUCCGUGGAAUCAUGAGACAUUAAACAGUGACCAGGUGACUCCUAAGUUUUUAAAAGCAAACUUAAAGCUGAUCAUACUCUUUCAGAAUUUUGAGUUCUUUCUCUUAAAUCUUUUUGGGUUUCAGAUUGAAGAUUCUUUCCCCAAUUUAUGUCCACAGGUAGGAUUGAUCCUCUGUAUGGCUAUCAAAACAAGUAUUUUGAGCUCUAUUGCAGCAAAUAAAGGGAAAUGUAACUUUUAGCUCUAUGAAGUAAAGGUGGUAUUUCACCCUCUUUCCC